AUCAGUACUCGCGUGCGCGCCGGGCCGAGCGGUCGUGUGUGAGUCCCGCCCCCUGGUGCCGAAUACGCGUUGCGGUAUCAGACUGAACGGUGACGAAACCAAUGACAGAAAUAAUUGUGCGUGAUUGUUGAAUUUACAGGUUAUUCAGAAGUGACACGUUCGUGGCUGUUUUUUGUUGAUUUUUGUUCUAGAUUUUUUGAAUUUAUUGUGAUAUCGAUCCUAAACAAUUGCAAUGGUGUUCAGCGGCCAUCAUAGCCGUAUAACAGUUUUAAUAAGAAACAGAACAAAUACUUUAUCAACAUGCAGAAAAUGUGUUAAAACGUCGCAUGUGUAGUGUGGGACGAUCACCGAUGUCACCAUGUAAGACUGCAGUGUCGUGUCUGAAGUAACGAUGUGUUGUGUCAAGUUCGUGAGGCUGCUCCUGCUGCUGGCUGCUUGCUGCGCUCAGGAAAGCGAGUGGAGUGAAGAUGCUGAAGACUUGGUGUCGACGGUGGACGUGGACGCGGUGCUGGGCCGCACGGCGGCGCUGCCGUGUGACGUCACGCCCGACACCAAGGAGGACCGCGUGUACAUGGUGCUCUGGUUCCGGGCGGGCAAGGCCACGGGCGGGAAACCUAUAUACAGUUUCGACGUCCGCGGCCGCUCGUUCAACAAGGCGCUGCAGUGGUCGGACCCGCACGCGUUCGGGCCGCGCGCGUACUUCGCCACCGUGGCGCGGCCGGCGUCGCUCACGCUGGACACGGUGCAGCUCGACGACGAGGGCGUCUACCGCUGCCGGGUCGACUUCAAGAACUCGCCGACGAGGAACUUUCAGAUACGGCUGCAUGUUAUUGUGCCGCCGCACCAGCUGAUCCUGUACGACAAGUCGGGGCGCGACGUGUCGGGCGUGGUGGGCCCGCUGGAGGAGGGCAACGAGCUAGUGCUCGUCUGCGAAGUAAGAGGAGGCCGCCCGGCGCCCACAGUGAUGUGGCUGAUCGACUCCACCCCCGCCCCGCAGUACAUCGGGGAGAAGACCGACACGCACGUGGUGGUGAACCGGCUGGAGCUGCCACAUGUGAGGAGGAAACACCUGAAUACCACCUUCAAGUGUCGCGCCUCCAACACCAACCUCGUCAGCCCGCAGGAGAAGACUGUGCGGCUUGAGCUGAAUUUGAGGCCUAACCUAGUAGAGAUAGUGAACAAGCCGGCGUCGCUGUCGUCGGAGCGGGCGGUGAACCUCACGUGCGUGUCCGAGGGCAGCCGCCCGCCCGCCCAGCUCACGUGGUACAAGGAUAAUAGGAAGUUUAGAAGAGGAAAGGUGGUGGAGUGGUCCAACGAGACGUGGGUGAGCAGCAGCCUGCAGCUGUCUCCGCUGCCCGAGGACGACGGCGCCGUGGUGAAGUGCCAGGCUGACAACAGCGCGCUGCCCGGGCAGAGCAUCGAGGACUCCUUCAAGCUUGACGUUGUCUAUCCACCAGUGGUGUCCUUAUCACUAGGGAGCACCCUCAACCCUCACGACAUCAAGGAAGGCGACGACGUGUACUUCGAGUGUUCCGUGAAGGCGAACCCGAGGGAACAUCGGAUAUCAUGGUAUCAUAACGAUAAACCAGUGCUGCACAAUGUGGUCUCCGGCAUCAUCGUCAGCACCAAGAGUCUGGUGCGGCAGAAGGUGACCAGGGACGACGGCGGCGACUACUCUUGUAGAGCCACCAACGCCUUGGGGGAGACCUCCAGCCAACCCACCCAUCUUAGCAUACAGUAUGCGCCAGUGUGUGAGCAUUCGUCGCCACAAGUACUAGGAGCGCAGCUGGACGAGGCGUUGCGAGUUCGCUGCUCGGUCACCGCCAACCCGCCGGACGUCACGUUCUUCUGGCAGUUCAACAACAGCGGCGAGAGCUUGGACGUCUCGCCUUCCAAAUCUGGAACAGCGAACGGCAGCAUGAGCCAGCUGAGCUACAAGCCACAGAGCGAGCGCGACUACGGCACGCUGAGCUGCCGCGGCACCAACGCCGUGGGCCGGCAGCUCGAGCCCUGCGUCUUCCAGAUUGUUCCAGCCGCCCGUCCGUCAGCGCCGCGCAACUGCUCGCUGCAGGCCGGCAACUCGUCGGAGGGCGGGUGGCUGGUGGUGCGCUGCGUGGCCGGCUACGACGGCGGCCUGCCGCAGGCAUUCGUGCUGGAGGCACUGGACCCUGGCAGCGGGAGGAUACGGUUCAACGCUACUGUUAAUGAAACUGAUGGCCUCGCAACCUUCAAGCUGGAUCUGUCGCAGCUGUCUUCAGGGCAGCUCGAAAACGAGGUGGAUGCCACAUUCAACCUGCUCAUAUACGCCAGGAACCUGAAGGGCGAAUCGGAAAGGACAUUACUAGAAAAUAUCGCCUUUAAUGACGCCGCUAGACGAACAGACGGCAAAGGCGCGAUGGCCGGCAUGACGCUAGGCCUAGUGGUGGCGGCGGCGCUAGGGGCUGCGCUGGCCACGGGCGGCGUCGCGCUAGCCGCCCUGUGCGCCCGCCGCCGCCGCGCGCGCGCCCCACACAAACACCCUCCCGGAGACAUGCUGGAGCUGAGCGACGGCGGCCGCCGGUACGUCGUCGCCUACACCAUCAAGUCCAGUCCGGAGCUGAAGACUCCUGAUCCUCAGCCCGAUAUAUUGAAUGCGCCAGAUUCCGAGCAUCAAACGACGCAGUGCCUAGGCGAUACUGCCGAGUGGCCAAGUAUAAAAGAGAUUAGAGAAGACUGGACCAAGCCGAGCGUGGUGUUUUCAGCCGAAGAUCUAGCGCUGCUCGACUCGACAGCGCCGCUGGUCUCCUCCGGCGAAUUAGUGCCGCGGAGUCAAGAAGACAUUCUGAACCAGAACUUGGCAGGCCAGCCAAUUACUGUAAAUAACUUUGCGGGCAACUUCAGCCCGACACUUGGCAGUCCGAACUUUGUCUGUCCGAACGGGAACGUGGAGUCUCCGUUCGGGAGCCAGAGCCUGGGCCUGACGGGGCCUACGCUGAGCUCGGGCAGCCUGGCGGCCUCCACGCUGCACCGGACCAAGGGCAAGGCGCGGCGGCGCGAGCACGUCAUCGCCGAGAAUGUGCCGGGCCCGGAGAGCUGUGUGUGAACGGACUUAGUGACGUCACAGAUUAAAUGAUACUGUGACUACAUAAGUGACGGUGACGAAAACUGUGUUGUCUUUUGUUUAAUCGGUUUAAGGAUUUCAUGCCAAAGUUGUGUUUGUUACGGUUUUGUCGGCUCGCGGUGUAAAAAGUCUCGGGAAUACGUUUUUAUACUUGUAUUGGUUAGGAUGAAAGUUAAUGGAAAGGGAGUUUCGGUGUAGUAAAUUGCUCAAAUUAUCAUCAUUAUAACUUGAGAACCAGAUAUUGUGACCCUGUAAAUAAAAUGUUAAAACUGUACAUUUAAACAGAAUGUGCUCUGCUUGUAGAUUAUUCCUAUUUAUUUAUGUUAAUAAAAUGGUUGUGUGAGUGUUAACAAUGAUAGACUAAUAUUUUAUAUCGAAAGUUGUAAGAAGCUUUUCUUAUUGAUAUACCUACCUACUUAUAAUUUUUGCAAAUGUACCUAUUUAGUGAAUUUGUAAAUAUUUGUACCCACUCCUAUAAUUAACUAGGUAGCGAUAUUUUAAUAAUGAUUAUAAAAGUGUAAAUGUUUCCAGUUUUCGUUGAUUCUAUUGCAUAGAGUUUAAUAACAUUAAGAACAGACAUUUGUAACAAAGUUUUGUUAAAAUCAAACUGUUGUAGUUGUAAAGAAAACCAUACGAAAUUAGUUGUCAGUCUAAUAUGAUUCGAUAUGACAGUUUUAUAUUUAAUAAAAAAUACUUUUAUUUA